GUGUACACGGCCAGGUCAAGCUUCAACACUCUCAGGUUUUCAACAUCACAGCGGCACGACACGCACCAGUGUCACAGGCUGUGGACGACAGAACCGCGUUAUUUUUAACGCAGAGCUCCAACCUAGCCAACAGCGUCCAACCAUGACAGAGAAAACGGACGUCAAACGCAUCAAGGAAGAAUUGGACAAAGACACUAGAGAUGUAUCGGACCUCUGGAACGAUGCGCUACGGAACUACAAAGGCAUCGUCGGCGAGGGCCUUGUGCCAACGUACACCAGUGUGGAUGAGAUGAUCAAGGCUGGUACAGAGCAGAUGAACGCCUUCCACAAGUUUCGCCACGACAGCCAGAAAGUGGACAAGCUGCGCACUUUAUUCGCAUCGAAUUUGGAUUACAUCGAGAAGGGUGCGCAGCAGAUUAUCGCUGCUGCGACACCAGCAUUUCCUCCAGCUGCAGCGAUCGGAACAGCCCUGACCUACAUGCUUUCGGCCUGCAGACAAGUCUCAGCCGACUACGAUGUCGUGACAGCGUUCUUCGAAGACAUGAAUGCCUUCCUUCAACGCAUCACAAUCCUUGAGUCAAGGCUCCCAAGUUAUCCGGCGUAUCGUAACUGCUUGAUGGACGUUUUCACUUCUGUUUUGGAGAUGUGCGGGUUUGCGACCAAGUACAUCCAGCUUAAGCGCUUCAAGAAAUGGAUACUGAAUAUGAUUCGCGGAGAAGACAGCGAACUUGCAGGCGCCCGCAAGAAGAUGGAUACGAGAAUUUCUCGCUUACAAUCCGCUACCGAGUAUGCUAUACUUGGUAAUACGGAGAAAUUGCAGACGAUGAGCGCGGAGUUGAAGGAGAACGAAGAAAUGCAGACCCGGAUGCUCGAAGAGCAAAGCAAGAUGCUGACGACAGUCAUUGAAAGCCAGGAAAAUGUGCGUAAUGACCUCAAGGACAUCCGUAAGCUUUUGAGCGUCUUCCAGGAACAGCGCAAGGAGGAAUCGCACGGCGGAAAGCAGAAGAGCGCGAUGGGAAAGCCGCCAACCUCGAGCCGUGUCAGAAGUUUCUUCUGGGACCUCAUCGACCCUGAACAUGAACAUCGCAAUCUCAAGGAAACCCUCAUACCGGAAAUGUCGACAUGGAUCUUUGGAGAAGAAGAGUGGACCUAUUGGCUAGCGCAAGACAAAAAAAAGGAAACAUCGAAACUGCUCUACAUCGCUGGCGCUCCAGGCACUGGCAAGAGCCAUCUUGCGCUUACCGCUCAUGAACGAUUAGUGCAACUGGCGGAACAGGACCCUGCUCGGCACACUUGUGUUGUGCAUUUCUAUUUCCGAGAAACUAGAAACGAGACACGGUGCUUCUAUUACGCGGUUAAUUGGCUCGUUAUUCAAAUGGCCGAACGCAAUGCCCAUUUAUGCGAGAAGAUCAAUGUGGAGCUUUCCCGAGAGGAUAAAGACAUUGAUGUUGACGACUGGAAAGAUAUCUGGAAAAAGGUAAUCGCACCCCUGUUUGAAAGUUCGUCGCCGUUUCGGCUGCAGAUUGUAUUCGAUGGAUUGGACGAGCUAGCUCCUGAUGGCGUGCAACGUCCUGCGGGGCUUGAGUUCUUGAAGACAAUCGCCGAGUCGGAGUUGAAUAUUAGUGUGCUCUGCACAACGCGUUCGAACUCACCAACCUCUACGUUUCCCAAGGAAAUGGAUGACCUUGGCAGCAAGAGCAUAGAAGUCACGAAAGAGAAGCAAAUGCCCGACUACAAAACUCUGAUCUGGCAUCACCUCGACAACGACACUGAACUGAAGAAGCUGAGCCAGUACAUGAGACAGAGAGUAUCUAGCACACUGGAGGAAAAGGCCGAUUGCCUCCUUUAUGCGGAGCACGUACUGAGAAGGUUCAACAACUUGAGCCGCGAGCCGCUGAUUCUUCGACACCUGGAGCAAGAGAUGCCGGCAAACCUCGAGCAGCUAUACAGCAUCAUGUUGUCUGACCUGUUGCGCAAGACGAGCAACGAGCAAAAGCAAGCCUUGAAGAGCCUGUUCUGCUGGAUCGCCUUCGCUGUGCGUCCGAUCACCCUUUCGGAAGCACUGGCGAUUGUGGAACUGCUUCCAGGAGACCUCGACCUUGAAGAAGAGCUGCAAAGCCCCCAACUCGGCCGUUUCCUGCGAAUUGCGGACCGCAUAGAAGAGGUUGACCUGUCUUCUCCCUCCGAUUCUGAACUGGACGACUUGAAGGUUCAAGGUAAUCGUCACGAGAGUGCUUACGAUGAUUGGAACCUUCCUCUAAAGUUCCAGGAACGCUCCAUGCGCGAUUACUUCAGGGUCGCCAAGUUUGAUGAAGACCCAGGCAGCUUACGUACGACUGGCUUCGAGGCGCAUCGGCAGAUAUUCGUUACCCUUUCUCAGAUUCUCCGCAAAAAGGCUGGCACGGAUGUUAGUGACAGGCUGCGUGGAUUUGCAGGGUAUGCCUGGCUCAUACAUCUCGGUUGGGUGUGGUGGUACAACAAACUAGGACGCCCGACUGAAGAGCAGAAGAUCGAACUUUUGGAGGCUAUGGGGGCGGUGUUCAAUGGUGAAGAUGAAGUGGCUGCGAGCAUCGAGAAGCAAGAUUUAUACUACGAAUUUCUCGGUACAGAAGGCCUGGAAACUAAAGUCAAAUACUUUGUUGGAAUAGCUAGCGAACUGGGAGAAGGCAAACUGAACGAAAGCACGAGUGCAUGGGUCAAAGACACAUCGUCCAACUGGCAGAAAGCCUUCAUCAACUUGGCCAAAGCCCACAUCCGGAGGUGGCUCUCUGCUACGGAUCUGAGGUCUGCUAAUCAAUCUUACGGUUUUGCAAGGAGUGCGUUGGGAAGGACUGACCUCCACAAAAUGCUUCGUGACAUAGACUACGACGAGGAUACUGACGAAGAGACGUUUGAAUCGGAAGAAAUUCUGGCCAUUUCCAAAGCGUUCCCAGAUGUUGCAGACGACAAUGCCUCGUACGCAAUAGCGUUGCUGCUAUACGAUUCCGGAUACUACGCAGACGCUCUUUCGAAAGCUCAGAACGCCGUGGAAGUCGCAUCAUCGGAUCCGACCAAGAGAUUCGAGGCGACCGAUCUCCUCGCGAACAUCUUGUACUGGCAAGAGAAUUACGAGGAUGCCUACAGCACGAUCAAAUCCGGCCUUUCCGAUACAACAAACAUACCUCCCGCACUGGUCCGCCGCUCCCUUGUCACACGUGCUAAGAUCGAAUCUGAGCAGUCCCUGAUAGAGGAGGCUGUAGCAAGCUAUGAAGCGGCACGACGCACACUACCAGACACGCCCAUGCUGGGCCAGGAUCUGCAGGACCAACUUGGCUCUCUGAUCUCGAACAAGUUCGAUGAUCCUGCUGCCAUCGUCAAUGCAGUGAGGAGCUGGACCCCUCUUGAGCGACUGGCGUGGGCUACGUGGAAGUACGACGACAACGACGACCAGGAUCAAGCCUUCCAGCACCAAGCCUUCCAGCGGGCGUGCGGGCGUGCCAACGAGACCGACUUUAUGGUCGAGACCUAUAAGGAAAUCAUCGACCUACUCGACGCUGUGGAGGCUGGCGCACCGAUGCGAUUGGAGCUGGCGUACGCACAAUGGAGAGUGCGCGGCGACCUGUCCGCAGCAAAGCAACUCGCCGACGAGAUCCUGGAGACAGAGUCCGACGGAUCGACGUAUCGCUUCACGGGGCGAGACUCGGCCUGGACCAUGGUGGCAACAAUCGACUUCAUCAGCGACUUCCUCUACGAGCAGUUCCGCACCAGCGGCGACCCGGAGCGCAAAGCAGCCAUCAUCGCCGAGAUGAAGGGCGUCACCAGCCGGCCGCUUGCCCGGUCAGUCUCGAGCUGGAAGUCGAUGGAGAACCACCACCGGCUCGUGCUGGCGCGCAUGGUCAAGAAGAUGGGGCCAAUGGUCGAGUAUCAGGAGAUUCUUCAGCAGGUGUUCGACGUCUGCUAUGAUUGUCUGACUGACAACGUUGGGUGGAACGACUCGGACAAUUUACACCACAUGGCCAUGGUGCUGGAUGUCAUGGGUGGGUUUGAGAAGGAAGCCAGGACGCUGAUAUCCGCCGUCUUCUCGGUCGUGGACAAGUCACUUGAUGCAGAAGAGGGAGGUGACGGAGCUGAAGGCCAGGCCGAGGCCAAGACGGGGGCACAAAAAGACGGGGAAGAUGGCGACGGUGACGGCGACAGCGCCGACGAGGGCGACGAGGGUGACGACGAUGACGACGACGACGACGCCGCAUCCACCACUUCGACCCUCCCCACCAACGAAGGCGACCUCGACGGCGAGAUGUAUUACACGUGCUGCGGCGCGUGCACCGACCGCACCUCGUACCACGCCUGGAAAGGCCGCACGCUGUACUUCUGCACCAUCUGCGCCGACACCUGCCUCUGCGCGCCGUGCUACGAGCAGCGCCAGGCGUACAACGACGGCACCUCGUCAGUCCACGCCGCGGUCGGAGGGGCAUACUGCGGGCGAAACCACCGCUAUCUGAAGGGGCCGGUCGAGGGCUGGAAGGGCGUCACGGACGGCGCCGUCAUGCUGGAGGGGGAAGACGGGGUCGACUUCAAGGCGUGGCUGCGGGUGCUGAAGGAGGAGAAGUGGAAGCGCGCGUGGGACGCGUUCUGG